AGUGUGCAGAGACACGCCACGUAGCAGAGCUUGGCUACGGGGGACCCAGUUGUGCGUGCUCGAGACACCCGGGCCGCUUCACCCCAUCCCUGCCCUGCCCAUGGCCGACGAGUACGAGUUUGAGGCCGAGUCGCCCACCGAGCUCGCUCUCCCUCAGACGCCCAGCCCCAAGCUGAGGAAAGCCUCAAGCCAUCGGAGAAGAUCACGAUCGGGCGCGAGUAAGGCCAAUCCGGUGGAUGUCGACACCAGCAAGGUCCCUGCAGUCGAUCUCGUCACGGUGUUGAAGGCCGAGCACAGGACGAGUGCGUCUGCGUCGAGCUCGCAGUACAACUCGCGUGCCUCUUCAGCCAUAGUCCCGUCGUCGACCCGCACGCGCCGGCUGAUCUCUUUUGCCAAGAAGCCCCAGGACUACUUGCGCCCCGGCCAGACCCUCACACCUUCGUUGUUUGCCAAGAUCGAGAGCAGUGCUCGCCAGUCGGCACAGCGCGACAUUCCGUCGACAGCUGGCAUUGCUGUUCCGCGCGCUAUUAGCGAGCGGAAGUCCGGAUCGCGGACUCGGGUCAUGCGGGAUAGGCACGGCAAGGCCGCGCCAGCAAUCCGCCGCAGGCCGCCGACAGGGCGCAACCAGCAGACCUUGCCGUUCUCUCAGCCGAGUACGCCGUCUCCCGUGCGCGUGCUCGCGCGGCAAGCCAAAGCGGUGGGGUCCGUCAACGGCUCAGCCUUUGCAACCGCUGCGCCGGCUGCUGGCGAGGAGAUUGAGUUUACCCAGCGCUUGAAGGUCAGCUGCGGCCCAUACGCCAAGUUUGUUAUCGCCGACGGGACGCGGCUUGAUGUCAAGUCGCUGGUGUUUUUCCCCAAGAAGCUGACCAUCGAAGGCGAGGACUCAUCCCACAACGGCGAGCUCAAGCCGACACGGUUCAAGAUUGUGGUGCCGUACACGUCAGUCGGCUCUGUGGCGAUGUACUACCCCCGCGACCGGAUUGUCGAGCACCAUCAUGUUCUCGAACCGUACAUGCAUGUGACGCUCACUGGGAGCAUGACGGUGCGGCGGGUGAGCGAGGGUAGUCGCAAGACAGAGUCGAGCUCUGACGUCAUUAUCGUCUUUGACGGUGGCCUGGUGACCAGGCUGCGGACGUGUCUUGACAGCAUGUGGCGCAAGCUUGGCCUUGAACGCGAGCUCAACGGCAAGCUGAAGCAGCUGAAGAACCAGGACGAGGCCGAUGACUGCCUGGCCAUCCUUCAGCAGUACGCGCCCAAGUGCGUCGGCGAUGGCGGUGGGGUCGCAGCAAGCCGGAGGCGGCGGUCGAGCCGGCGGCGUCGGUCGACGGCGCGGAGCAGCCGGGCGACCUUGAUUGACAUCGACGACGUGGCUUCAGGCAUUGUCGAUGUUGAGGAGUCGGACAAGCAACUGUUUGUGUUUCCGGACGUCGACGGCGCGGCGGCAGCCAAGUCUGUGGUCAUCACCUCGCGCGAGCUGCGGAUGCUCGAACCGGGCUACUUUCUCAACGACACCCUCAUGGAGUUCUACGCGCUCUAUUUGCAAAGCGCCAAGGCCGAGUACGAUGGGCGAGUUACCAUGCACGACUCGAGCUACCACAUCUUCAACUCGUUCAUGUACACCAAGAUGGACUCGGGCGUGGCCGGCAUCCGGCGGGCAGUCAAGUGGUCGGGCAAGGUCCGGAACAUGCUCGAUGCCGACUUUCUCUUCUUUCCCAUCCACAAGGCCAUGCACUGGAAGCUGGCCGUGGUCAUCGGCUACGCCUCGGCGCUGCGCCCUCAGCGUGCUGCGUCGCGCGCAAGCAACCUCCGCCCGCUCAUCCUAGUCUACGACUCGCUCCACCCGCGGAAUGCCCAGCACGUGCCCAGCACCGUCCGUGAUUUUUUGGUGGCUGAUCUCGAAGCCCGCAUCGCCGCCGACUCUCUCCCACCCGACAUCACGCCCGAGGCCAUCGCCGAGCCGCGCGAGUUCUUUCGCCAGUUUCAGGGCCAGGGCGUCGACGGCACACUGCAGCAGAACUCGUGCGACUGCGGCCUCUUUGUCCUCCACGUCAUCGAGCUCUACCUCCAGCUCAGCCCGAAAAAAGUGACCAAGAACCACCUCCCGGUCGACAAGACCACGUUUUCUCAGGAGGACAUCACCACCAAGCGCGUCGAAAUGCAGUCCAUCAUUUCCAAGCUCGCAGAGGACUGGGCCGCAACGCAUGGCGCGGCCGAGCCGGCCGUUGCCGCCGCCGUCACUGACGACGACGACGACGAGCUCAUUGCCGCCGACAACCUACACGACCUCGAGGUGGCGUACUCGGCGAUGUGUCAGUCGGCGGCCGCCGACGCUGAGGCUGACGAGAGCGAGGACCAAGGCGAAGACGAUGACGACGACAAGGCUGUUGCAGUCCCCACUGAGGAGACUGGCGGCAGCGGAAGCAGCAGCGGCAGCGGAAGCAGCUCUGGCUUGGAGGCUAGUGCUGAGGGUGAUGGAGAUGACGGCAGCGACGGCGGAAGCGACGGCGCGAGCGAUGACCGGAGUGAUGACGGGAGCGACGGCGAGAGCGACGGCGGGAGCGACGGCGAGAGCGACGGCGAGAGGGAAGACAAGGUGGAGUCUCCGGAAGACACACAGCCGGUCGUGGAGAUCGUGUCAACCUCAUCGUCAUCGUCGUCAUCGGCUUCCUCCUCGUCGUCGGGGAGCAAGGGUGAGGGUGAGAGCGAGGGUGAGCUGUCUCAGCCCAAGAUCGUGGCGGACGAUAACAGCGAGGUCGCGGUCGACACUACCGCUGAAGUGGUAGCUGCCGAGCUAGGUCAGGAGCCGUCGCCGUCGCCGUCGUCGUCUUCGCCGCUGUCGACGUCGUCGGUCCUGACAUCGUCGUCGUCUGGCCCGACCGAUGCUGGCCGCGGCAGUAUGGCAUCUGAGCUGGAGCCGAUGGAUAUUGCGUCGCGCUCGAGCUCUGUUGAGCUGCUCGCGCAGGCAAAUGAGGCUGGCGAGACGAGCGCGACUGCACCCGAAGAAGCGGAGCCUUUGACGACGCAAGAGGAUGAUGUGCUGUUUGUUGUGCCGCCGGACGAGGGCGAUGACUUUGGCGAGUCGAGGAAGCGCCGGCGAAGCGAUGAUGACAACCACGGGCAGCGCCCCAGCAGUCACGGGACGUCGAAGUCCUCAAAGCUGCGAAAGGCUAAGAAGCGCAAGACGAGGCACCCGACGCCCAUCAAGCCUUCAGGCAGCCCGAGCGUGCCGAACUCGCUGUCUGCACGCCGCGGGCGUGGCAAGAAAGCCCUCAGCCGUUCCGCGCCGGCCUCUGCAUCGGUCGUCGUCUCCCCAGCAGAAACCCUUGCUCUCGUCGACGACGGAUACCUCUAGGCAUGCCCCACCGCUGGCGAUAAACCAUGGUCGACCGACCGAGCCCGACCG